AAACACAAAAAUCUAUGGAAUUGAUGGAAUUUAUAAUCCACCUCACACACAUAACUUUUAGAAAAUUUGCAGUAAAGCCAAUUAAAUUUAUAGUAUAAACAAUCCAGAAAUAAUCACAAUCAUGGAUCUACUGUCCAUCAACCAGAAGGUGUUCAUCCGGCGCUCCGAUGGACGCGUCCACUUGGGAACCAUCAUCAAGCUGGAUGGCGGCACCAAUAAUAUUGUGACAGUGGAGUGGCCUGAGGGGAAUGCAGUGCGCGGCAAGGAGUUGCCUCUGGAGCUGGUGGUUCUGAUGAAUCCGCAGAUCUUUGAUCCGCCACGAUACAGCAGGCUACAGGUUAAUCAAACUGCAUCCAUAGCACCCAGAUACCAGGCUGGAAAGAUGGGCAUGGGAGGAGUUAUGCCGCCGCGCCAGGUGGAGGCACAGUUCAUGCUGCCCAAUCGACAGGACGAGGUGGUCCUGCAGAUUGACAAAUUGCGGCAACAGCGUGAACUGAGACGCGAACUCCAGAACAGGGAGCGACAGUUGCGGGAGCAGCACAUGAACGAGGAUCCGGGUAACCCGAAUUGGGAGAUUGCCAGGAUGAUACGUCUGCAUCGUCAGGAGAUGCUCAAUGCUCAAAAAAAUGCACCCAAGAAUGUGGCCAAGGAACCCACAAAGGAGCACCAAAUUAUGGUUUGUGUGAGGAAGAGGCCCCUCACAGAAGAGUUGGCGGACAAGACGGUUUUGGAUGUGGUUAGCAUACACUCGCGGGACCACUUGGUGGUGCAUGAGCCGCGAAAGCAUGUCAAUAUGGUGAAAUUCCUGGAGAACCAUAGUUUCCGUUUCGACCAUGCCUUUAAUGAGAAUUGCUCCAAUGCCACCGUUUACGAGUUCACUGCCCGUCCCCUGAUCCGUCACAUCUUCGAGGGCGGAAUGGCCACCUGUUUUGCCUACGGACAGACGGGAAGCGGCAAGACCCACACGAUGGGUGGAAAGUUCACCGGAAGACAUCAGCAGAACUCUUUGGAUGGCAUCUACGCAAUGGCCACCAAGGAUGUGUUCAGCCACUUGGAAUCGCCAACAUAUGCCAGCUUGAACCUUAGCGUGUCCUGCAGCUUCUUUGAGAUCUACGGCUCGCGGGUGUACGAUCUUUUGGUGCCUGGAAAGCCCCAGCUAAAGGUACUGGAGGAUGGCCAGCAGCAGGUUCAAGUGGUGGGCCUAACCGAGAAUAGGGUGCAGAGCGUCAACGAUGUCCUGUGCCUGCUCGACCUCGGGAAUAGUGUUCGCACUUCGGGUCAGACCUCUGCCAACUCCAAGUCUUCGCGAUCCCAUGCCGUCUUCCAGAUCGUCCUCCGGAAACCCUCCACGAUUCCCGAAUUUGAGCGCCCGCAUGGCAAGUUCUCACUGAUCGAUCUGGCCGGGAAUGAGCGGGGAGCGGACAAUAAUAGCUCCGAUCGGCAGACGCGUCUGGAGGGUUCGGAUAUAAACAAGUCGCUGCUGGUGCUCAAGGAGUGCAUCCGGGCCUUGGGUCGCCAGUCGGCUCACCUGCCCUUCAGGGGCUCCAAGCUCACCCAGGUUCUGCGCGACUCGUUUAUAGGCGGCAAGAAGGUCAAGACAUGCAUGAUAGCCAUGAUAUCGCCGGGCCUGCAUUCGGUGGAGCACACUUUGAAUACCCUACGUUAUGCAGAUCGAGUGAAGGAACUGACUGUGGACUCGUUGAUUCCGAGACGAUUGAUGAACACGCCUCUAGCUAAUCCUGCUGAUGCUCGUUCUGCAUCCGGCAGAAACUCUGUGCCAGAUGUACUCAGUCAGAGUGAGGACCAGCAACCUAAUCCUAUUACCUCAUCCACCUCGCUGCCAGACGAGCAAGAUAGAGAAGCCGCUACCAACAACAGCGCCAAUGAUUUAAACAGAAGCCAGAGACGCUCCAGGCAUCCAAGAUUUGGAAGACAUAAUGCAUUUCGAGGACGUAAUUUUCCCUAAGGCAACAUAAGGUCUUGAUAGCUUUCAAAUUAAAGAUAUUUUCUUAUCAAAA